CUCCAUUGUUUAUUUAGUUUUUUUCAUUAAGAAAUAUAAAUGCAGCUGCACACAGAAUUUCUCCUCUAAUUCUUUCUCAGCUGAGCAAGUUUUUAGCAAGACAAGUUACAUAGCUGAGCCUGAAAGGACCACAAGAUAUUUAGAAUAGUGUAAGGUGUUUUUUGCAAUGGUUAGCUCUGAAGAAGUAAAGGAUUCCAAGUCUGAAGACACGUCUUCGCCUCCUCAGGAGCAGCAGCAGACCACUCAUGCAUAUUCUGAUUGGGCAGCCAUGCAGGCUUAUUAUGGCCCCAGAAUGGUUAUGCCACCAUACUUCAAUCCGGCUAUUGCGUCUGGUCAUCCUCAUCCGCCUUAUAUGUGGGGUCCAAUGCAGCAUAUGAUGCCACCUUAUGGUGCAAUGUAUCCACAUGGAGGUGUUUACACACAUCCAGGAGUCACCAUUUCAGCUAAGUCAACAGGGAAUUCAGAUCAAGGCUUAAUUAAGAAGUUGAAAGAAGUUGAUGGGUUGGCAAUGUCAAUAGGGAACAUUAAUGGAGGCAGUGCUGAAAAUGGAAACUCUAAUAGUGGGGAGACAGGAGGUUCUAGUGAAGGAAGUGAAAGGAAUAUUACAGAGGGAGCUAAAAAUGGCCGGAAAAAGAGACGUGGGGGAUCAUCUACGAGUUCUGAAGUUGGCAAAACUGAGCACCAUGAUGCAACUGGAGGCUCCAAGAAAGUGAUAGGUGUCACAGUUACUCCCGGGAAGAUGGCCAUUUCUACUGACUCAGGAAGCGAGUUUGAAGUUAAGAUGUCUCCUGCAACUCCUAACAUGACCAUGGUGCCCAGCACUGGCAUACUUCAGGUCCAUGGGAAUGAGCGAGAACUGAAAAGGGAGAAAAGAAAGCAGUCAAACCGAGAAUCUGCCAGGAGGUCAAGAUUAAGGAAACAGGCUGAAGCUGAAGAACUUGGUGCUAAAGUAGAAUCCCUCACUGGCGAAAACUUGAAACUCAAGUCUGAGAUUAACCGGUUAACUGUUAAUUCAGAUCAUCUGAAGCUUCAAAAUGCUAAACUACUGGAAAAACUUAAGAAAACACGACUUGAAGAAGCCACAGAAGAUCCAAGGCCCGAAAAAAGUUUGUCUUUGAGCACUGCUAACCUUCUCGCUAGAGUUGACAACGGUUCAGGUUCUGUUGUUGGAGAGGCCACCAGCUCUGGUUCUGGUGCACCCCUGCAUCAACUUAUGGAUGCUAGCCCCAGAGCUGAUGCUGUUGCUGCAAGCUAACCAUCAAGUGCCCUUGCUUAUACACCUUCAUUUCUAAAGUCAAUUGUGCAAGCCAAUUUAUGCAAUCAAAAUUACUUCUAACAUUAAUUAGAUAAUAUAAAUCUAUCCAAAAUAGGUACCUUAAAGCUUAGAUAAUGGUCUAGAUGAAGUCCCCAAUUUCCGCAGCAAAACUGAAAUGUGUUUUUAGUUUCAGAGUCUGCUUGGUCAACUAAUAUAGUGUGCUGUAAUCACCUGGUCGCAUAGAAUAUAGAACAUAUAUACAUGGUUUCCAUAAAAUAUAAGAUGUGUUGGUUGGAUUA